UUUCCCUCUCUUUCCCGAGAACCAAACAAACUCACAUCCAAACCCUAUCUCUCUAAUACUGCUUCCUAUUUUCUCCGCCACAGACUCCCCACCUUCAAUUAUCUUCCUAGAAUUUUGCUUUCUUUUUCUUUCCCCCAAUUUCUUCCCCCUUUCAAUUUUUCCAAACCCUCGAUCGGAUUCUCAUUCUCCUCCCAUUUCUUCCAUGAAAGCUCUGUUCGGAUUUCCUUUCGAUUUCUGCCUCACCACUCAGUAGCUUUCUGUUUUUCCCCUUCUUCUCCCACCACCACUCUUUUUGUUGUUCUAAUUUUGCCCCAAUAAUGGCCAUUCCUUAUUUCCCCAAAUUUAUGGGGUCCGACAAAUCGCCCAUGGCCGCGGGUCUUCUCAUUCCAUCUUCUGCGCCUCUGUCAUCUCCAUUAGCUCCUCCGAUUCUCACUCAGGACGAGUUGAAGAAGAUUGCGGCGUACAAGGCCGUCGAAUACGUUCGAUCCGGGAUGGUUUUAGGGCUCGGAACCGGCUCCACGGCCAAGCACGCCGUCGACCGGAUCGCCGAGCUUCUCCGCCAAGGGAAGCUCAAGGACAUCGUCGGAAUCCCGACGUCCAAGAAGACCUACGAGCAAGCCGUCUCGUUAGGGAUCCCCUUGUCCGAUCUCGAUUCCCAUCCCGUCAUCGAUCUCGCCAUCGACGGCGCCGAUGAGGUCGAUCCCGAUCUCAAUUUGGUAAAAGGCCGAGGCGGCUCCCUCCUCCGCGAGAAGAUGGUCGAAUGUGUUUGUAAAAAGUUCAUAGUGAUCGUCGACGAGUCGAAGCUCGUGGAGUUCAUCGGCGGCAGCGGCCUCGCAAUGCCCGUCGAGGUUGUGCCGUAUUGCUGGAAAUUCACCGCCGUCCGCCUCCAGAGCCUCUUCGAGGACGCCGGCUGCAUCGCGAAGCUUCGGACCGCCGGAGAAAAUGGCGAGCCGUAUGUCACGGACAACGAGAACUACAUCGUGGAUUUGUACUUGGAGAAAGACAUCGGCGAUUUGAAGGCCGCCAGUGACAGAAUCCUGCGGCUCGCCGGAGUUGUGGAACACGGUAUGUUUCUUGACAUGGCUACCACCGUGAUUGUUGCAGGCGAGCUGGGGCUAACAAUAAAGAAUAAGCAAUAGAAAACCUAGAAAUGGAAGGAAAUUUAGAUUACAUCUACAUAAGUUAUAGAAAUUUCAGUUUUGGGUAACAAAAUUUGGAGAAAUUCUGAUCAGAGAUUGGACUCUGUAGAAGAGGAGAAGAAGAACUUUGGCUUCUUAGAAUUGGUUUGGUUACAUAGCAUUGAAAAGUGGGUCACUCUGACUUUGAUCGUUUUAGUCAAAUUAGUUGAGAGAUUUAGGAAGAACAGUCCAAUUUCUGAAGGUUGUCAUAUCACGUUAGUUUUCUUUACUAUGGUAAUAACUUACAACAAUCUACCCAUUAUCUUCAGUUUAGUACUGUUCUCUUCUUUGGUCCUUUUUUUCCAAUGAAUGAGGGUUUGAAAAGUCAAUUAUUUUCGAGUUGGGUAGGGAUGAUAACAGAGCGCUUGAUGCAAUCCUAAGCAAUUCUCAUUUUGAUGCAAUCUUAAUUUGGUCAUUCAUGUGUGUGUGCAAGGGGAGCGAAAGAUAACGAAGGAGAGGUAAAGUCCUAACUGAAUUGUAACACAAACUAAUCCAGUUUUGAAGAAUUGAAGUUGUUUCGGA